GAAUUUCUGAUGCAUUUUGGUGAUUUAAAAAGAGCAAAAGUAACUAGAAAUUGUUUAUAAUCUUCAUUGUUCUGACAUGUUUCUAAAGAAACCCAUUUAAGGCAUUAUAUCGACCGAGUUCGCACAGAGCAUUAAAACAAACAAAUUAACGACCUACAAGUAUUCUGCAGUUUGUUUCAUUUGAUGACUCUUUCGGGAUUCUUUUUGUAUAAGAUAUAUAUCUGUGAAAUCAGUCGCGAAAAGGAAUAAUAUUUGCUCGAGGAAACAAUCUCUCCGGGAAACAAAAGAUUUAAAGUCUAAAGCAUGGCUGGAAUCUUAAAAUGACAUCUCACUCCGUACAAGUCAUCUCACUGUUUAAGUGGAAUUACUAAAAGGGCUCGAAAACACGAGUUGAAAACAACUAAUGUUACUAAAAAACUACGUGCUAAUAUGUUUUGAUAUAACACGGGGAAAAGGGUUUCUUAAAAUACCACAAGGAGUUUUUUUCUGUUACAUGUUGUGUACCCUAUACAGACAACUUACUUUUUCUGUCUAGUGUUUAUGUGACGAGCUGCGGUGCGCUUCCCUUCACUCGGAAUGGUCAUUGAAUUAAUUGGACGGAAUUUUCAGAUUGUCCCAAAACAAGGAAAAUAUUGAAGUUGUUCCUUUGCUGUUCAUCGAUUUAAAGAUCAUCUUUCAUUUGGGUAUAAAUGAUGGAUUUUAAACAAAUAGAGGAUUAUUAAACCACUUGUUUGCCCAUGUCCAACAGCGCCGCAGACAAGUACUUAGACAGAAAAAAGAAAAAGUGUUCAUUUUCAAGUGACAGUCGUGGAGAAUUUCGUAAUUUACUGACAACCGUUUAAAGAGGGUGAAAUGCUUGUGAUACGAUUGGUUCCUGCAAGUAGGAGCCUUUAAUCUGUAUAAUGAUCUAAAGGAUGUGCUGGAUUAUCAGGAUUUGUACAGAUAAUCCGGUCAAAUACCAGUGUCAAAGUUUUGUCGUAUAGUCUUGGGAAGAGACCAUUUCUUAGUUAUCUCUUGGUAAAUACUGCCAAGAAAAUGUCAUAAGAGGGUGAAAACUUUUUGGGGGACAGAUCCGUGCUCCUGUUUUUCAGUGACUGUCCCGUUAUGAUUAUGACACAGCCCAAGAGUUGUUUACGGCGGACGGAGACCUCCUUGUCCAGAUACAGUGACGAUGUCUUCUCAGUGACCAUCACGCCGAGGGGGACCCCGACAUCUUUCAGAAGAAGUGAAAGUUCCUUCGCUCUUCUAAAGCGAAGCCAGCCAUCGUCUUCUUUACAGUUUCCUAAAGUGGAAGCGACAAAUGUCAAUCGUGAUGACAAGCUUAAGCUUUCUAGACUUGGGCAGAGAAUCCGCCGAGAUCCCCACCGGGCUAUUUCUAUCGACGAAUCCCCUAUCAUGUUACUUCCAAAAGCCAAUGUUCGAAACGAUUAUGACAUUCGUGCAAGUAAACGCGCCUUCAACGUAGUUGCCGAUGAUGAGCUAUCCACCUUUCACUUAUCCACAGUUCCACUUGAUCGAGAGGAAAUCAAAUCAUCGAGAUCCGUCUCCAGGUCUUCCAUGAAAAGUCGAAAGAGUCUCCAAAGUGAAACGGACAGUGGUUUUGGAUCUUCUCUUAGGCGGUGUGUUACUUUUUCAGAACUCAGUCUCAGUCGUUCUACAAUUGCACGGUCACUGGAUGAUAUCGAAAAGUCUUCCGAGUUGGAAGAUGUGAACAACAACAAUCUAAAGAAUAUAAACAUGUUAGAUUCUUUGUUUGGUCCUCUACCGGAAACAGAGGAUGAUGGCGGGCACUUGGACUCUUUUGCAGACGUUAUUCCGGACCCACCAAAAAUCAGGAAAAAACAAAAGGAUAAUGCGGAGGUAGAAGAUCAAAGAUGUACUUUAACCGAAACUGAUGUGAAAAGGUGUCACGAACAAGACUGCGAGAUUUGCAAGGGAUUUGCAUCUGAACACACGAGGAUUCAGAGAUACUUUGGAGGAGUUGACCAGUUCCUGCAAUGGCUAUACUCUAAAUGGGGAAAGAAGAGAACAGAAUUGCUGACAUAUUCUAGAGCAAAUUAUCUAAGUAGAGGCAAUCGUCCCAAGUUCUGCGACAUUGUCAGACAGAAGGAGCUCCAUUACCGGGAUGAAGAGGACAGGUCGGAGAGUUCCGAGUAUAACUACUACCGACAACAGGGGCACCUGCUCACCAGGUGGCGCAAACACAGCAAUGCAAGACCGAAAAAUUCCAGAAAAUCCAGGUCAGGAAUCAAGGCCAGACAUGCCCUUGACCUUUGGCUGGGUCUGGACAGUUUUCAAAGGCAGGGAGUUAACCAAUCAAAUCUCUCCACUCUUUGGAUGUUGGGUGAACCCCCAGAAACUCCAGUUGUGGUGGAGCCUGAUAAGGAGGGGCGUGGUGGUACGGAGGGACGGCCAGGGUCCCCCACCUCUACUGUGGACGGGACGGACAAUCAGCCUGACCCACCAAAAGAGGAGGAAUCUGAGCCAAUGGUAGAAACAAAGCCAGAUAUCAUUACUCCGUCAGUAAUAGAUAUCCCGGACAGUAAGUCAGAUAUCUCUAGCAGCUCAGCACAGCCACAGCUCACCUCUGUAGAUAUCCGAGUCAUUAUCACUGGCAAACCCAGCACAAAAACGGACAGCAAGGAUGAUAAAAAGAAAACCGAACCUAUUAGUGUGCCGAGUGAUAGAGAUGGUCGUCAAUCUCCUGUCCAACCCCCACCCUCCCCAGAACCCCUGACUCCGAAAGAAGACCCCAAUAAAGACGCAGCUCUCCUGAAGUCUCUCCGAGAAGCUGAGGAAGAAGAGGAAAGGCGAAGAAGGGCCCUUGUCAAAAAAGAGAAGAAGCCAAUACAUCGCACACGGAAACCAAAGGAAGAAAUGGAGGAGAAAGUGGAGCCCCCCAAACCGGCCACACCCCCUCCACCUCCUCAACCCAUUGAGGACACCGUUACUCUUGUACAGCAAUGGAAAAACAAAGACAUUAAGGUUGAUUUAGAGGUCCCCAGCCUGCCGACCUUUGAGGACAAGAAGAAAGACAAGAAAGAGAAACGGAAAGCAGAGCGCCACCUGGUGUCCCAACCAAAGCAUGAAACUCCCCCUCCCAAAGACCCCGAGCCCCUUGUGUUAAGAACUCCUCUAGAGUUUCCUAAAGAGGAAGAGGUGGAUUUGGAUGAUUUAGAUGACCAGCUAAAGCAAAGACUGAAGAAUUUUGACUUUAACAUUAUGGAGAUGAUGGGAGAAGAUUCUCCAAGGAAAAAUGUCCAGAAGGCUACGUGGGUUACAGGGCGGCUAGCUUUGUCCCAGCAGUCCAGCAGAUUCACCCUACCUAUCGACAUGGCACGUCUGGAGCAAAUGACGCCAUUAGAUUAUGUGAAAAAUUUUUGCAUCAUCAAGAGGCGACGGAAAAAGCUUUAUCAGGACAUCUUUGUAAAACACAAAGAUAAAACUGGCCAAAUACCAUUCAAGGACCUGGAAAAAGCCUUGACAAUGGUUUUGGUGAAUACGCUUACAUCUGAUGACUACAAGAGAAUAGUGGAGCUGCUAGAUAUCUCGGAUUCCACGCGCGUGGAUGUGGAUGGAUUCUCUGCAAUGGCUGCUCUCGCUGAAAGAUUGAUGUGUUCAACACAUGUUUCCCAAGAACAAGUGGAUCAACCCGAUUAUCAAAAGGAAAAAAUAGAAUGUGCAGACUUCAGUGCUCUGGAAUGGAAGUUAACAGGAGUUCAAGUGAACCCUAAAAUUGUCCGGAUUCUCAAGGAACUGAACUGAUUGAACUGAGUAGGUCCGCACUGCCAGUCCCUUCAACACGGUCCAUGUAUCUAGUGUUCGGAUCGAGAUCCAGUGAGCAGCCUGUCCGCUCGGACAGAUAGACUCAAGCUUUAACACAACAUGCCCUGUUGAUAGCAGCUGUGAUAAUAGAUUUCUCAUUUCGUUAUUCAGGCUAAUACCUAAUUUCAGUCUUUUUUUUCUUUUUAGAGAAAUCUAUUUUGAUAGAGUUUAGGAGCAUUUCUGUGAUAAAUGUAGAAAGACAUUGCCCCCUCCAAUUGCAAUACACUGCAUUUAAGAGGAAAUAAUCUAUUCAUCAUUUGUAAUUAUUACAAUACUCAUGUCAUCUCUAGCAAUAUAGUAUAGACGAAUGUCAGAUGAUUUUUAAAGAGAACCUCGGAACAUCACUCUUUUAUUAAAUUAAAUCAUUGUAGAACAGGAUUUAUUUAUUUAUUUACUACAAGAUGCAAUUUUAUUAAAUGAUGAAUAAAAAAAUCUUAUAAUA